AUCAAAUUUGUUAUGAAACAAAAGGCAAAAAACUUAUGUAUGUAUCCUGUUCAGUGUUACUCGGCACUUCUUGGCCUGUGUCUUGUAUGUGUCUCACCACUAGAUGGAUGUAAUGACAUUCUAAGGCUGGCUCACUAUGGCAACCUCAGUACACAGUGGACACAGAUCAAAUGGAUUAUUACUAGGGAUAGAACAAAACUUGCUACAGUUUGCAAGACUGUUCUUGGAGUCGGGAAAGAUUAUUCGAUGCGAGAAUGUCAUCUCAGGUAUCUCACAGCCAAAGUGUCCUUCCCUUGUUCAUGGGUAAAAGCAGAAAUAUCACUUUUAUUCUGGACUCAUCUGUGGAAAUGAAUGGCUUUUUGGGACCAGUGAAGAAUCUUAUCAUCCAAACCUUAAUUACUAAAGCUUCACUCAGAGACUCACUCUUCAACAUUAUCAGCUUUUCAUACAAGGCAACACCAUGGUCUUCUCACAUGAUGCCCUGCACUCCUGAUGUAGUCUAUGAAGCCUUGAGUUGGAUCCACACAUUACAGACGAGUCCUGGCAGAGACCUCCACACAGCACUGGCCUUAGCAUUCUCUGACCCUGCUUGUCAGUCUGUCCAUUUGGUGACCAGCGGUCUCCCAGACAACCCCACACAAUGCUUGGGUUCAUUAUCAACCCUGGUGCCACGCCCUGUGCAUACAUUUUACAUAUCUGACAAGACUCCCAUGAACACUGACAUAUCAGACUUCUUGCAGUGCAUCACCUCCACCACUAGAGGAAGCUGUUAUGUCAUGUCUCUCAACUCAGCUGGCGCUGUGGAUCAGCUCAGUUUGUUGCAUUCAACGAAUGACUUGAUUCAAAAUCCAUCAUACUCGGAAGAUCCAAGGCAUUCAGUGGACUUCUAUCAGACCCCAUACUACAACUGCACAAGCUGUGUCUGUUCUACACCAUACUGGUGUUCCCCUGUGAAUCCUUUUAGUGCAGUAUCAUGUGUAUCUGGAAGGGUAAUGCGAGGUGCUGAGCUUUUUUGCGGCUGUCGUGUGUUAGCCAGGAAAGAGAUAGACGGCUUUUACUACCUGGGGACAAUCAUACAUCAGGGCAGAGGAAAUCUUUAUAUGGUGGAGUUUGAUAAGUUUGGACCUAAAGGAAAUACAUUUAAGGAAACAUUAAAUACAGUUCAGCCAACCUGUCAGCCCGAUAUAGUUAAUCUAGCCAUUGCACAUGGGCACAGUAUAGUACCAGGGGACACGGUUCUAGCACCAUGGGAGCCAGAUCUGAGAAGAUAUGGGCCUGGAAGAGUCGUCUCCGGAAUGGAGCUAAGAUAUCCACUAAAAAGUGAUGAAGGUCUUUUGGGACUCCAGGUUCUCUUCUGGAACGGGAUGACAAUUCAUGUCCCCAAAGACCUUGCAGUACGGAUUCCAGCCUCUCAUCAUGAGCAAAUUAUCAAAGACCUCCAGCAUUAUUCAUCCAGGCCAUGUAGCUACAGGGUUUCCCACUGCUGCGGCACCAUGAACUGUUUUGAGUUGCCAUGUCAUCAUUGCAACCACCACAGUCUGUCCUCCAUUCCCCUGCUCCACUGUUCAGUCAAGAGAUGCUGGCCAAUGUUCAUGUCACCUCCACUACUGAACAACCAGAGAAGAGAUGAGCUGGAAAGGAAAGUUGAUCUCCAAGCUGAAAGAAUUACAGAGCUCUCAACAGACACAAGUGCCUUCAUCUUCCUCAUCAUCAACCUCUGACACGGAUGACAAUGAGGAGGAUACUGCAGCUGAAAAACACAGAAAGUCAGAACUGGUGAGUCGCUCAGUAAACACAGAGAUUUCCUGCCUGAGAAAGCCAUACACUCAACCUGAGUCCAAACCAGCCUGGAGAUACUGGAAAAGCGGUUCUGCAGAACCACAGCACAAGCAACCAGGAAGUGCAGUCAGGUCUCCAAAUGUAACCCAUUCUUGGCCAAGAGACACUGGGAAUUCUGGGAGCUCUACAGAUAACUCUAUGAUGACCAAUCACAGCUCUUUAUUUAAACUGGUUCGUGAAUCACCAAAACGAGGAGUCAAUAUGAGGGACAUAUUUGGAUCAACUGAAUCAAAGUCAUCACCAUCACCACUAUCUGUAGCAAUCAGCACAAGGCCAAAUAAAGCGAUACUAGUUCCACAGCCAAAGUUCAAAGUGUUAUGAGAAUUGCUAGUCAGCUUUAGCUGAUAUUUUCAGGGAUGAUGUUUGUUUGUAAUUCAAAUAUCUUAUUGCUGGUGUACAAAGUGAAUACAAAAUACUAUGUAAAAUCAUGCAAAACUUUAUUUAAAAUGUAAGAGGUAUAAAUAAAGUGAAAUUACAUGUA